AUGGUUAGAAAAACUAAGUUCAUCGUUUUAUUUUUACUAUUUGGUUUGGUUUGGAGUUUUGUAGUUUUUAGUGGUUUACUUUCUAAGAACAAGCCUUUAGACACUAUAGCAAAAGCUCUUCCUGGAUAUCUAUUGAUGGUAUUUGGCUGCUACUCAUUAUAUUCAAUAGGUUAUGACUUAUGGAUUCUCAAAGAAUACCCUGAAGAUUACUAGUCAUUAUUAAAAGAAAUUGAUGAAGCAAAGGCUUUCUACAAAAAAAAUGGUGUUAAAAUUGAUUGA